AUGUUCCGCAUCGCCACUGCCCUGACUGCACUCGCUACGCUGGCUACAGCCGCUCCGGCCCCCAAGAGCCCCCGUGGGCUCACCAGUGGCAGCCUCACAUGGUACACUGAGGGCAUCGGCUCGGUCUUCACCGCUUGCGGUACCAUGAACACUCUCACAGACCACAUUGCCGCCCUCUCAGAACAAGACUACGGCGUCUACGCAAACCCCAAUGAGAGCCCUGUCUGCGGCAAGAAGAUCCGCGUCCAUGGGCCGAAUGGAAACUCCGUCGUGGCCACCGUUGCCGACCGCUGCGCUGGCUGUUCCCCCGGUGACGUCGAUGUCACACCAGUCGUGUUUGCAGAGCUGGGAUACGAGCAGGCCAUUGGUAGGGUUGAUGUCUCCUGGGCCUUCGAAUAG